AGCAAAGUGACAGUUGUCAUGUUGAGGCGUUAAGGUUAUGUUUAUGUUUGAGGAGCCACACUAAAAAAGAACACAUUUUUGUUAUUAAUAUUAAAAUAAUAACAAAGACUCAGCAAUGGCAACUAAGCGUAAAGCGGAAACUCAGGUUCCAGCAGAAGAAAGUGACUUACUAACUAUAAGGCCACUAGGUGCUGGGCAGGAAGUAGGAAGAUCAUGUAUUAUGUUAGAGUUCAAAGGGAAGAAGAUCAUGCUUGACUGUGGAAUUCACCCUGGCCUUACAGGAAUGGAUGCACUACCAUUUGUAGAUUUGAUAGAAGCCGAUGAAAUUGAUCUGUUGUUGAUUUCACAUUUCCAUUUGGAUCAUUGUGGAGCACUGCCUUGGUUUUUGCAGAAAACAAGCUUUAAAGGGCGCUGCUUUAUGACUCAUGCAACAAAAGCUAUUUAUAGGUGGUUAUUAGCUGAUUAUAUCAAACUUUUGUGCUUGGAAUUUCUUUCUAGUAAUAUUGCAACAGAACAAAUGCUAUACACAGAAGCUGAUCUGGAAGCUAGUAUGGACAAAAUUGAGACAAUCAAUUUCCAUGAAGAGAAGGAUAUAUUAGGUGUGAAAUUUUGGGCAUACAAUGCUGGUCAUGUUCUUGGAGCUGCAAUGUUUAUGAUAGAAAUUGCUGGAGUUAAGAUUCUAUACACAGGUGAUUUUUCAAGGCAAGAAGAUAGGCAUUUGAUGGCUGCUGAAAUUCCCACAGUACAUCCAGAUGUUUUAAUCACAGAAUCCACAUAUGGUACUCAUAUUCAUGAAAAACGUGAAGACAGAGAAACUAGAUUCACCAGUUUAGUACAUGAUAUUGUCAAUAGAGGUGGUCGAUGUUUAAUUCCUGUCUUUGCUCUGGGUAGAGCUCAAGAGCUUUUGUUAAUAUUAGAUGAGUACUGGAGUCAACAUCCUGAGCUUCAUGAUAUUCCAAUUUACUAUGCUUCAUCGUUGGCUAAGAAAUGUAUGGCUGUUUAUCAAACCUACAUCAAUGCUAUGAAUGACAAAAUCAAAAGGCAAAUUGCCAUCAAUAACCCAUUUGUUUUCAAACAUAUCUCCAAUCUUAAGGGAAUUGACCAUUUCGAAGACGUGGGGCCUUGUGUGGUUAUGGCAUCACCUGGUAUGUUGCAAAAUGGUCUGUCCAGAGAACUCUUCGAAUCAUGGUGCACUGAUGCCAAAAAUGGUGUUAUUAUCGCUGGUUACUGUGUGGAAGGCACACCAGCAAAACAGAUCCUUUCAGAACCGGAAGAGAUUACGACCAUGACAGGUCAAAAGCUGCCUCUGAAAAUGUCCGUGGAUUAUAUUUCGUUCUCGGCUCACACCGACUACCAACAGACUAGCGAGUUCAUCCGCAUUUUGAAACCGCCUCACGUUGUUCUGGUACAUGGAGAACAAAACGAAAUGUCCAGGCUGAAAGCGGCUUUGCAACGGGAGUACGAAGAUGAUCCAAACUCAUCAAUUGUGGUUCAUAAUCCACGUAAUACCCAUUCUGUAGAACUGUACUUCAGAGGUGAGAAAACUGCUAAAGUGAUGGGAAAGUUAGCCAUAGACGUACCACAGCCAGGGAAUACACUUACUGGAAUACUCGUCAAACGGAAUUUCAACUAUCACGUUUUGGCACCAGAUGAUCUAUCUAAAUAUACGGAUCUGAGCAUGAGCCAAAUUAUGCAAAGACAGAGUCUCCACUAUUCGGGGAACAGUAGCGUUCUAAGGCAUCUGAUUUCGCAGGUGGCUGGCCUUUUAGAAUCUAUAGAAGGCGAUAAGAAGAUGAGAGCGUUCAAUGCCGUAGAUAUUACUAUAGAACCGAAAAUAGUUAUUUUGGAGUGGGUUGCGAAUCCUGUGAACGACAUGUACGCAGACGCGAUAGUAGCAGCUAUCUUACAAGCAGAUCUGCUGGAAAGUCCUAUCAAGAAUACGACCACCUCCGUGAAGAUAGAUAGGAUGCAUUUCAAAGAAUGUCUAAUCGAAAUGCUUCAAGAUAUGUUCGGUGAAGAUUCCGUUCCUAAGAUUUUCAAAGGAGAGAAACUGUACGUGUCAGUUAAUGAUAAAAGGGCGGAUAUUGACUUGUCAAACUUGGACGUGAAGUGUGCAGAUGACGAAACGUUUCAACAGAUUGUACAAACAGCUGUAACAAAACUAUACCAAUCUUUAUCUCCUCCACAAGUAGAUUAAGUGUGAACAUUUGCUUAUAACGGUAUUUUUUAUUAAUAAAUUAUUACAAAUAAAUA